GAUCACAAUGAGGCCGUUUUGUGAGCCGUCAUCUAUCCUCGGUGGUUUCAAGGAGAGGGUCGAAUCCUUGUCGGUUCAUGGAGAGCGGUUGUUCAUUGGCACUGGUGUCGGCAAUCUACACAUUUACAAUGUAGACCAGAGCGAAGAUGGCAGCUUCAAAUCUAGUCAUGUAUCAACGAAAAGCCUAGGCAAGAAACCGAUCGAGCAAGUUGGCUACAUUAAGGACAUAAACUCCGUGGUAGCUCUAUUAGAUUCAGUUGUAACUCUGUAUCCAUUCCCCGGCCUUGUUCCGCCGACGCCACUUACGCAGCCGCGAAAAGCUUUCUCGUUUGCCGUGUCCUCAAGAGUUGAAAGCAUUUCUGCGGAUGGCAAAGUGCUGUCGUUCGACGACGCAGGAGCAGCUAGUGUAUCAGGUAUACCAACAGUCGUUACUUAUUUGAUCGUUGGGGCCCAGAGAAAGCUCGUUGUUUACUCAUGGAAGGAUGGAGAGGCUCAGGAGAUCAAGGAAGCUCCGCUACCGCACUCUGCACGUGUCAUUACUUUCAUCAAACCAAAUGUCCUGUGUCUAGCUUAUAGUGCUACGGAGCAUGUUCUGUUUUAUUUGGAAACGAUGUCUGCAGCGGAGUUCACGAUGCCCGUGAACGUCCCUUCGUCUUCUAGUACCGGAGCAUAUGGCAUGAACGCGCUUUCUGGUCUAGGUGGUUACAUGUCAUUAGGUCUUGCAGCCAAAGCGAAGCCCAUGGCAGUGGCUGUUGGGGAAGAGGUCCUUAUCCCUAAAGAUAGUGCCGGUUUGUUCUUCGGAGCUGAUGGAAAGGUGACCCAGAGUAGCUUGAUGUGGGGUGCUCCUCCAGAGGAUAUUGUGUAUGUAAAACCAUACGUAGUAUCGAUACAGCCUGCUGGAAGUGUUUCCGCUUCAUCUCUUGAUGCAUCAACGUCUGCGCCUACUGGUCCUACGGGAUUUGUGCAGUCAUCGGUUUUGCAAAUUCAAUCUUCGAUAACUCAGCAGCACGUGCAGUACUCGUUCUUGCCGUCUGCAGCACCAUCAUUAUCGUCGCUGCGACUAUUGACGCCAUCACCUGCUGCCAAAGCACCGGUGUUCGCGGUUUCGACGCCAGUAGACCGGACUGCUGCGGCUUUGGAAGGAAGUUCAAUAUGGCUUUUCCGUAUGAAGACUUGGAGCGACCAGGUUGACGAACUUGUCGAGGAGGAGAGUUACACCGAUGCGCUUGCUUUGCUUGAUAGCGUUGAAGAAGCCACAUUACCUGACAAGGCGGCACGACGGACGAAAAUACGCGGUUUGAAUGCAGUAUCCCAAUUCAAGAAAGGGGAUUUCGAUACUGCACUGAAUACAUUCAUCGAACUUGACAUAAAUCCCGCGAAAGUCGUCGCCCUUUACCCAGAAGUAAUCUCUGGUCGGCUCCAUGUCCCUCAGGAGCGAUGGAUAUCUCUAUUCGGUGGCCCAGAACCAAAGCCUGACGCUAAACCUGACGAAUUGGAGGAAAAGGAGGGUCCUACCAAGUCCUCACCGACUGGUCGCACUCCAUCUCCAGCUGGUUCUUUGCGGUCCGUCCGAGGACUACGGAGGGCUACAUUAGACCUCAAGUCAUCUAUCGUCUCAAGUAGCCUUGAUAAGGACGAUGAUCGAGUUUCUCUUCGUGGACGAACGAAAGACAAGUCUAAGACAGCAGAUACGUUCCCUCGCUCAGUCGAAGCUCUCCUACGUUACCUUCCUGACAGGCGACCUCGUAUCGGCCAUGCACUUGAAGUGCUGCAUAUCACUCCAGCUCAAUCGCACCAAUUCCCCUUCUUAUCCGAAACUUCGGUGGAAGACCUACUAGCACUGCCGAAUGUGCCCCUUUCGUCACUUACUCCCGAACAACUCUCGCGUUUUGCGCAAAUUGUGGACACAGCAUUAUUCAAGGCGUAUUUGGUUGUUCGACCAGGAUUGAUUGGCCCAUUAUGCGGUUUGCCAAAUUGGUGUGAAGUCGCAGAGGUGGAAGAAGUGUUAAUGGAACGCGAGAAAUAUUCCGAGCUGGUUGCGUUAUACAAGGGGAAGAAAAUGCACGGAAAGGCUCUAAGUCUCCUAAGGAGAUUGAGCGAGAAAGAAACCGACAUCGAGGACAAGAUCCGACCAUCCGUUUCAUAUGUGCAGAAUCUAGGUCCUGAGUAUCUCGAACAAAUAUUUGAAGCAACACGGUGGAUAUAUCAGCUCGAUUCAGAUGCCGUCUACGACAUUUUCACUGCAGAGAUGGUCGAGCUCCCUCGGUCUAAAGUCGCAGAUUUCAUAGAGGAGGAACUUGACCCAGCAUUGUGUGCUAGAUAUCUUGAGUACUUGAUUCAAGAACGUGACGAGAUGUCUACACUGUUCCAUGAUCGACUUGCGGAACUAUAUCUUGACAUGGCUGUGAAUGUUCGCAAGGAGGGAGACGAAGAUGCUUAUCAUCGAGCAUAUGACAAAUUCCUUGGUUUCAUUCAGUCUUCCGAUAUCUAUAGGGUGGAUAGACUAUUUGGGCUAUUACCAUCUGAGGACAUGUAUGAAGCAAGAGCUAUCCUAUUAGGCCGUCUAGGGAGACACGUAAACGCACUGGAGACGUACGUAUAUCGUCUAGGCGACUACAAGAAAGCAGAAGAGUACUGCAAAAGCAUAUACAUACCAAACACCCCAACACAGGAUAUCUUCCUCGCACUACUCAAGAUCUACCUCGAACCAUCUCCGUCCUCCCAACAAAAGCUACAAAGACGCGACGACGAACAACCGAGUCUACUCCGACCCGCUCUGGAACUUAUCAGUCGACAGAGUCCACGCCUCGAUACGCUCGAGACACUCCGACUCCUCCCUCCACUUGUACCCGCGCAGAAUGUGCGCGCGUUCCUGUUUGAUGCUACACGUGCGCCAAUAUUCGAUACGAAGGUUGUGAGAGAGGUGAGAAAGGGGUAUAGUGAACAGGUUGCGAGGCGGUUGAUGGCGCUGCAGAGUCGGAGAGUACGGGUGACUGAUUCGAGAAUUUGCCCACAAUGCCAUAAGAGAAUAGGUACAAGCGUCAUCGCUGUCCAUUCUCCUCACGGGGAAGUCACACAUUAUCAAUGUCGGGAAGCGUUCGUGAAUGCGAAGAAACGCGCGGAACACGGGAUUGUGCAUUAAUUAGUACCACGCCCUC